AGUGGGCAGGGGAGCAGAGGGGCACACAGUUUAGAUUUUGUCCCUAUAAGAGCAGACUUCUAUUAGCCGCGUACAGAUAGAUAGACACAACAGCAACAACAACAAGCGAAUUCUUCUUGCAGAUAGGGAAAAAAAAACGAAAGCGAGAGAUGAGGAGCAGCUCGGCUCUGUUCUUGGCCUUUGUUCUUCUCGCCGUCUUCCUCGCGGCGCUCCCCUUCGCCGAAUCCAGCGGCAGGCACCACCACCACCACCACUCCCAUCUCCAUGGCAGAGGGGAAGGCGAGAGAGGAGGAGAAGCACGGUCGCUGGCGGCGAAGGGGGCGGCGGCGGCGUGGCCGUGCUGCGACAACUGCGGCGGGUGCACCAAGUCGAUCCCGCCGCAGUGCCAGUGCAUGGACGCGAGGCCGGCGGGGUGCCACCCGGCGUGCAAGAGCUGCGUCAAGUCCAGCCUCAGCGUCUCCCCGCCGGUCUACCAGUGCAUGGACCGCAUCCCCAACCUCUGCCAGCGCCGCUGCACCGCCGCCGCCCGCUGACCUCCCCCGCCGCCCAUCUGACCCGACCCACCGGCCACCGCCACCGACCGGCCUUACUUAAUUAAGAGUGGUUUUUGUUUGUCCCUUUUUUUUUUUGGAAAAGCUGAAGAAGUGAAGAAGCAGUAGUACCUACUGUACUGGAGGUGAUUGGAGGGAGCAGCUGGUUUCAGGUUUAUGUGCUGGAAUCAGCCUCCAGUUUUCAUCUCCUCGCUCUGCUAACUACGGAGUAAUUGUGUAGAGAUUACUCGCCGAGCUAUAUGUACAAACGGCCUGUGUGAUGAGACGAAAUUGUAAUGGUAAAUUUUUUUUCACCUUCAUAUGUUGGAUAUGAGUGAAAUUGUUGCUAGCGAAAUGAUGAUGGAUGCGUGCUUGGUUCAUAUUUUC